AUGGCCGGGCUGGGGGCGUCGCUUCUCGUCUGGGGGUGGCUGAUGCUCGGCAACGGUCUCCUCGCCAGAGCCCAGCUGGAUUCUGAUGGCACCAUUACGAUAGAGGAGCAGAUUGUCCUUGUGCUAAAGGCUAAAGUACAAUGUGAACUCAACAUCACAGCUCAACUCCAGGAGGGAGAAGGCAACUGUUUCCCAGAAUGGGACGGGCUCAUUUGUUGGCCCAGAGGAACAGUGGGGAAAAUAUUGGCUGUCCCAUGCCCGUCUUAUAUUUAUGACUUCAAUCAUAAAGGAGUUGCUCUCCGACAUUGUAACCCCAAUGGAACAUGGGAUUAUAUGCACAGCUUAAAUAAAACAUGGGCCAAUUAUUCAGACUGUCUUCGCUUUCUGCAGCCAGAUAUAAGCAUUGGAAAGCAAGACUUCUUCGACCGCCUCUCUGUAAUGUACACUGUUGGCUACUCCGUCUCCUUUGCUUCCUUGGCGGUGGCUAUUCUCAUCAUUGGUUACUUCAGACGAUUGCAUUGCACUAGGAACUAUAUCCACAUGCACUUAUUUGUAUCUUUCAUGCUGAGAGCUACAAGCAUCUUUGUCAAAGACAGAGUGGUCCAUGCUCACAUAGGGGUAAAGGAGCUGCAGUCCCUGAUGAUGCAGGGUGAUCUACAAAGCUCCAUUGAGGCACCUACUGUAGACAAAUCGCAAUAUAUCGGAUGCAAGAUUGCUGUUGUGAUGUUUAUUUACUUCUUGGCUACAAACUACUAUUGGAUCCUGGUGGAAGGUCUCUACCUACAUAGUCUAAUCUUUGUGGCUUUUUUUUCGGACUCCAGAUACCUGUGGGGCUUCAUCUUGAUAGGCUGGGGGUUUCCAGCAGCGUUUGCCGCUGCCUGGGCUGUGGCGCGAGCAACCCUGGCUGAUGGAAGCUUACUUUCUCCUAAGGGCAAAUUUGAAACUUUGACACUGAAAAUCGUUGAAAUCAAGUUUUUCGUGCUUUUAGAGGUUAAGCUAAAUUUUAUUCUGUUUCUGAAUACGGUUAGAGUGCUGGCGACCAAAAUUUGGGAGACCAAUGCAGUUGGGCAGGACACCAGGAAGCAGUACAGGAAACUGGCCAAGUCUACGCUGGUCCUGGUCCUGGUCUUCGGGGUGCAUUACAUCGUGUUCGUGUGCCUGCCCCACUCUUUCACCGGUCUCGGGUGGGAGAUCCGCAUGCACUGUGAGCUCUUCUUCAACUCUUUUCAGGGUUUCUUUGUGUCUAUCAUUUACUGCUACUGCAAUGGAGAGGUUCAGGCGGAGGUGAAGAAGAUGUGGAGCCGGUGGAAUCUGUCGGUGGACUGGAAGAGGACGCCGCCGUGCGGCAGCCGCCGGUGCGGCUCGGUGCUCACCACGGUGACGCACAGCAGCAGCAGCCAGUCGCAGGCGGCGGCCAGCGCGCGCAUGGUGCUGGUCUCGGGCAAGGCGGCCCGCGGCGCCAGCAGGCCGCCCCACAGCCACGUCACUCUUCCCGGCUACGUCUGGAGUAACUCGGAGCAGGACGGCCUGCCACCCGCCGUCCACGAGGAGACCGAGGAAGGAUGCGGGAGGCAGGGCGAUGGCAUUCCAAUGGAGGAGUCCUCCAGGCCUGUGGCACUUAACGCAGACACCGAAGGAUGCAGAGGAGAAACGGAAGGUGUUCUCUGAACCAACAUUUGUGGA